AUGGCGGCGAUGCACGACUCCUCAACUAUCACAGGCUACGAAAAGCUGCCAGAGGUGUCAGCUGAGACAUUCAAGUACGACAACGAGCAGCUGGCCUACGACAGUCGGCAGCUGAUGGUCACUCUAUUCGUCUGCCUCUGGGGGGCACGGCUUUCUGGAUAUCUGCUCUACCGCAUAAUAAAGUUGGGCCGUGAUAAACAGUUUGACGACACAAGACGCAACAUAAUCAGAUACGCUGUUUUUUGGACCUUUCAGGCCGUUUGGGUUUAUGUGGUCUCUUUGCCAGUAAUUAUAAUAAACUCUCCCCGCCAUUCCCAGCCAAAUGCUCCCAAAACCAUGACCACAUUGGAUUCCACUGGUACGGGAAUGUUUAUAGUUGGAUUGCUGGCCGAGACAUAUGCUGAUCUGCAGAAGUUCUCUUUCCGACAGGAUCCAGCGAAUCAAGGGAAAUUCUGCAACGAUGGCCUAUGGAGUCUUUCACGUCAUCCGAAUUACUUCGGCGAGGUCGUCAUCUGGUGGGGUAUCUUCGCCAUUUCGUUGAAUGUUAUAUCUGGCCACGAGUGGGUAGCUAUCGCUUCGCCCAUUUUUACCACCUUCAUAAUACUCUUCCUAUCUGGAAUACCACUGCGUGAACGUUCAGCUGAUGAGAAGUACAAAGACCAACUGGAGUACCGCAAGUAUAAGGCGUCAACAUCGCCGCUGAUACCCAUACCUCCAUCCGUGUAUGUUGAAGUGCCGAGCGCCCUGAAAUUCAUACUCUGCUGCGAGUUUCCCAUCUACGACACGAUGUGCAUCCAGAAAGACAUCAGCCCCUACUCGCUGUCCAUUGCGCGCUCACACUCGCACAUAUAGCAAUCAGUCGCCCACUCUGGCAGUGGGCAACACGGCGCAGUGGGUCACUCCCUGCAGCGGCACGGUACGGACGGGGGCUCAGUACAUCGAGGCCAGUGCUACGGCGCAAAUGGCGGCGAUGCCGAGAGCCAUCAUAAUUGCGGCGGAACCUGCCGGACCGCGCACAUAAAGUCCAACCCGUAUCAAAGCGAGUCCGGCUAUGGAGGAUACACCGGCUGCAACAUUAACGGCAACCCAAGUCAUCAACAUCAACAUCAACGACAGGCCAAUAUCGCUGCCCAUAACACCACCGAUGAUGACGAUGAUACCGACGACGGCAUUAUCUAUAUGCCGGGCCCGUCGUCGUCGUCGUCGUCACAGAAGCAGCCACACUACUUUCACUCGCCCAUGGUGAAUGCGGCGGCGGAGAAUCAGCCACAGCCACAGCAACAACGGCCAGUUGGCGAGUACGAUGGCGAGGAUCAAGUGGAGCAGGAACACGAAGAGGACUACGAUGAGGACAUACCGCCAAUUGAUUUGAGUAAGGCGCCGAGCGUUGAAAGUUUUGCGACCAAGGUGCAAACCGAGAAGGGUGUCACGGCCGAUGGGGCAUCUUUUACGGUAACCACAAUACUGUGAUCUGUCAGCGGCCAUCAAGUGUAACUGCUGUGUACUUGCGCUUUGAAGGGGAAAUGCACUACUUUCCGAAAUGCGACGGCAUGCGACUAUUCUUUAUUCUUUUAGAAAUGCGUUGGUUGGCUUGAGAGUGAGCUUAGAUUUUCUUCUUUGAAUCAAAGGAUUAUUUAGUGAGCUUAAAUAUGCUUUUUGAAAUGUUUUGCGAUAUAUGGGUGUGCAAUGAUGUGCCAAAGGCUAAAAUUUGACUUAAGUAGCUAGCAAAUAUUAAUGGAUGUAUGGACGACAUGGGGCGUCACACUAGCCUGUCGCCUGGGGUCGCAAGAGCGCGGAAAAAUGUCUGAUCUUUGUUUGUAUAGAAUGUAUGCCCGUGCAAGGUGUAAUUUUUGAAAAUCUUAAAAAAACC